AUGAAUCCCUUCCGCAUCAUCCAAUCCUUCCUCAACCGCCUCCUGCCCUUCACCAGGCCCGGCACGCCGCUCCUUCAAGACCUCGUCCACACCGCCGCCCUCUGCGCCUUCCUUUACUUCGCCCCCGCCAUCUUCGAGAACAACGGAUCCGUCGCCCCACCCCGACGACCCCUUGCCGACGACGACGCAGCAGAGCCGCAACAGCAACAGCAACAACAGCGCGCGAACAACACGCACGCCAUCCACCCCGGCGCCGCCACCGAGCAAGAUGCAGCGCAAUUCGACGACGACGACGACGCCGACGGCGCCACCGAAGACGAAGAGGAAGACCUACUCCUAGCCCAAGAAGAAGAAGAGCGCGACGCCCUCGCCGCCUUCGAGGCCGCCAACAACCCCAACAACAACCCCGACGACCCCGCCGCCGACGCCGACGCCGACCCCGCCACCCAAGCCGAACGCCACCGCCGCGCCGCCGCCGCCGCAGCAACAGCAGCCGCGCGCCAGCAGCAGCAAGCCGUCGUCGGCGCCAAGAAGGCGCGGUCGCUCGCGCGGCGCGACCAGCGGCGCGCGUACCACGAGUUCGUGCGGGCGCAGGGCGAGGCGCAGCGCGCGCGCGAGCGCGAGGGCGCCGACGAGCGCGAGGCCGAGCUGUUCGAGGAGAAGCGGCGGCGGGCGGUGGCGGAGGCGGCGGUCGAGGAGCGCCGGCGCCGGGAGCGCGAGGAGCGACGGGAGAGGGAGGCGAGGGCGAGGGCGGAGGAGGAGAGGGCGAGGGGGGUGGCGGUCGGGGUGGCGAGGAGGGAGUUGGAUGUCGAGGAGGGGGGGAGGGGGCUGGUGUCGGUGGAGGAGGUGUUGGGGAAGGUUGGGGGUGGUGCGGGUGGUGGUGCGGGUGCGGGUGCGGGUGGGGGGAGGGAGUGGCUGGAGAGGCUGUUGAGGGCGGAUGGGGCGGUGGGGAGGGGGAAGGGGCCGGAUGGGAGUGUGAGGCUGGUCACGGCCGCGGGGUGGGUGGUCAGGGUCGAGGAGGGCGAUAUGCGGGAGGCGUGGAGGAGGGUCGGGGAAAGGAAGAUGGCCAAGGUCACGUAUGCGGAUUUGGGCGAGGCGCUGGAGGAGCUCUUGCGAGAGAGGGCGGCGCGUAGAUGA